GCGGUUACUAUGAAGACGUUGAGAAACGGGAUGGUUUGAGGCGUCGGUCUGUGGAAUAGAAACUGAGUGAGAAGGAAACGGGCAAAGAUGACAGCAGCCAAUGACCUCCAGAUUAAAGAGGCCUUUCUGAGGGCUCAGAAGGGCCACAACAACAAGGCGAAACUUGUAGCUGCUUUGAAGAACAGAUACGCGAAGCUGGAAGACAAGACUGGCUUCCACGAUGAGUUUGUUCAUUAUCUGAAGUAUGCCAUGAUCGUGUACAAGAGAGAACCUGCUGUGGAGAACGUGAUGGAAUUCCUUGCCAAGUUUGCCGCGAGUUUUGAGGUCCCCGUGGAUAAUGACGAAACUAUGCCGGGGGGUGAAGAGGAUGACGACCCCUUCCUAAAUUAUUUGUUCACUUUUCUGCUGAAGUCACACAGUGCCAACAGCCAUGCUGUGCGCUUUCGAGUCUGUCAGCUGAUCAACAAAUUGCUAGGCAGCAUGGCGGAAAAUGCCCAGAUUGAUGAUGAUUUGUUUGAUCUAAUUCACGAGACAAUGCUGAUUCGAGUGACGGACAAGUUUCCCAAUGUCAGAAUCCAGGCUGCCUUGGCUAUGGCCAGGCUGCAGGAGCCACAGAAUGAAGAGUGUCCCACUAUAAAAGCAUACAUUUCAAUUCUUGAGAAUGACUCCAACGCUGAGGUGAGAAGGGCAGUGCUGUCCUGUAUUGCUCCUUGUGCUCAGACUCUUCCCAAAAUCAUUAAACGGACCAGGGAUGUGAAGGAGAGUGUCCGAAAGCUGGCCUACCAGGUCCUUGCAGAGAAAGUGCAUGUAAGAGCAUUGACUAUUGCACAGCGUGUCAGUCUACUGCAGCAAGGGCUCAAUGACACAUCAGAGGCAGUGAAACAAAUAGUGCAGAGGAAGCUAUUGCCUGCUUGGCUGCAGCUGCUGCAAGGCGACGUGCUGGAACUGCUUCACAGGCUAGAUGUGGAGAACUGCCCCGAGGUGGCUGUGGCUGCGCUUAAUGCCAUAUUCAGUUUGUCGCUCCCAGAGGAUCUGCUGCAGGACCGCGUGAGCCUUGAUGGCAGGAAACUGAUACCCGAGGAAGACCUAACAUGUGAGAAGGUUCUGUACUGGAGAGCUCUCUGUGAAUUUAUGAAGUCAAAAGGAGAUGAAGGGGAGGAAAUGUUGGAGAAGCUUCUGCCUGAAGCAGCCAUUUUUGCAGAGUACCUUUAUGGAUACCUGAAGAGCAUUCCAGAGCUGAAUGAAAAAGCAAGGGCUGAUUUUUCUCAAGUUGAGAUGAUUAUGUCAAAGGAAUUCAUAGGUCAGCAGUUGAUUCUCUUAGUAGGUUGUCUGGACACGGCUGAAGAGGGUGGAAGGAAGAGGGUGUUGGCUGUGCUCCAGGAAAUGCUUGUGUUACCCAACACUCCCAGCUCCCUUGUGUCGCUGCUAGCAGAGAAGCUCCUUGGUAUCCUCAAGGAUGAUAAGAGGAUACAAGUUGUAGCUGAGAUAAUCUCUGAAUUGCGUGAACCCAUUGUGCCGGUCAGCAAUCCUGUUGAUGAAAAUGAAACCCGGAGGAGACAAGUCAGGCUUGCAGAGGUCAAAGUCAAGAUUUUUGAGGCCAAACAGACUCUGGAAGAAUGUAUUAUUGCUCAAGAUUUUAGCCGUGCUUCAGACCUGAAGGAUACAAUCACAGAGCUGGAAAAUCUCAAGAACCAGCUACUGAAAGAAGCAGAACAACCUGAAAUGAAAGAAGUUCGCAUGGAGAAAAAUGACCCGGAGACCUUGCUGAAAUGCCUCACCAUGUGUGCCGAACUCCUAAAGCAGAUGUCAAUUAAGAAAGGCAUUGGACCCACAAUGAAUGGGAUCCUUGAAUCCCUGAUACUGCCAGGCAUUGCCAAUGCUCAUCCAGCAGUGCGCAACAUGGCUGUGAUCUGCCUGGGCACCUGUGCACUCCACAGCAAAGACCUUGCAAGCCGUCAUCUGGUGCUUCUGCUACAGAUCGCUCAGCUGGAUGAGCCGAAGAUAAGAAUAAGUGCUCUCAGGGCUGUGAUCGAUCAGCUCUUGCUCAAUGGCCUGGAGGUGGUCAAGGAGAAGCCUCCUGGUCCCCCAGCAGAUGAUUCCGACCCAGAGAUCAGUGAAGGCCAGUCAGAGGCCAAAACCGGAGAUAAUACCAGAGAGACUGAAGAUGAGCAGGACACGAUUCAAAGCAUCCUCUUGAUGUUAUCACAAUUUCUUGAUAGUGAGAUUUCAGAGCUCAGAACUGAGACGGCUGAAGGUCUGGCUAAACUGAUGUAUUCUGGAAGGCUAUCCAGCGCAAAGUUACUGUCCCGCCUUGUCCUCCUGUGGUACAACCCAAUCACAGAGGAUGACAUCCGGCUUCGUCACUGCCUGGGAGUGUUCUUCCAGCUAUAUGCUCGUGAAAGCAGGGCGCAUCAGGAGUGCUUUGAGGAAAGUUUUCUCCCCACCUUGUGGACAUUGUUAAAUGCACCUGCCACAUCACCCCUGGCUGAAGUCGAUGUCUCAAAUGUGGCAGAGCUCUUUGUUGAACUGACAAGGCCCAGUAGUUUAAGUCAUCCCAGCAAGACUGAUAAUAUUCAAGACAUUUCGGUGCAUGACUGCUUGGCAGUCCGUCUGUGUAAUGAAAUUUUGAAGGACCCCAGUGCCCCUGAGGUACGGCUUUAUGCCAAGUGUCUGACCACUCUGGAGCUCAGCACUGAGGACAGCAUGUCCAAACAGGACCUGCUUCUGCUUCUCAAUGAGGUCCUUAAGGAUGUAAAGGACAAGAUGAGUCUGAGGACAGUGGAGAAAGUAAUUAAUCUACUAAAAGAAGGCUCUAAGGGAAAGACCAAGGAUGAUGCAUCUACAAUGCAGGCUCCCGAUGAUAACGAACAAGAUACAGAGAGCUCCGAUGAAGAAACAAAAACCAUCAAAAAGCUUAAAGGACAGAGACCUGCCUCCACUAAAACGGCACGAAGUAAAACACAGGAAUCCUCUGACAGUGAUGGAGAGAGUGUUCCAGAAACUGGCCCUGUCACGAGGGCAUCGCGUCGGGCGAAGACAGCAGCAAUGGAAAAAACCAAGAUGGAUCUAACUCUUCUUAUGAACAGCGAGGCCAACUGAUGCAAGACCCUGUCCUCCAAGUUAUUUCUUGUGCCAGAUUUGAAUGUGGCAACAUUUGACUUUAGAGAAGCUUUUUUUUUAAAAAAAAAAAAAAAACUAUGGUUUCAAAAGUUUUUAUUGUCACUAUCUUUGUUACAAGUCCACUCUCCCUUUAUUUGCAAGUUGUAUACAAAAACCAUAAUGUCAAAGAAUAAAGCAUAUUAGCACCAGGUGACUUGACCAUUUUGCAUUAUGAAGAAAAACAGCUGAAACAUUGUCAAACCCAAUAUGGAUUUUAGGACAUUGAUUCCAUGUUGCCCUACAGGAUGUUCAUUGGUGAAAGGUACCCAAACUGUAUUUUAUAUUUAAUUGCUUUCAUAGCUGCAAUGUGCUUGGAGAUCAUAGUCCUGUCCAACAGACUAACAGGGGUUUUAAAUGCUCUGCCCUACUAUUUUCAUCUGAGGUAUACAGUGAUACCGCUUUGGCAAAACUGUUCUCCGCAACCAAGCUUUUGUUCAGAACACAAACACUAUUGCAGUCUGUGUUUCAGCUCAUAUUAAACAUGUUUUCAAGCUUUUAUUAACAUGUGUCAAAACUUUUCCCAAAAAUGAAAG